AUGGCAGACGCCCAAUGGACAAGAUUCGAAAAUGAGGCAGAAGCCGCCCGUGAUGCAUCUCGACUCGGGCAAGGAUCACUGCUGCUCAAGACCACGGACUCUAAGGUCUUCUCAAUUCGUCUCCAUCUCCUCGCCGGCUCAGCGCUGCUGCAGUCGUUCAACGAAGUUGCGCAAGAAAACAAGACAAUUGUGGCAAAUCGAAACACGGGCCCACUCACAAUCGAUUUCGAUGUGCCAUUUGAAAGCGGUGAAUUCGCUGACUUUUUGAAAAUUGCGCAAAGCCACUCCCAGGGUACUUUCCGCGCCGUGGCCACUAAUUUCCCAGCUUUGAUGCGCGCCUUCAAGAUCGCUUCUUACUUCGACUUGAGCCGCUUGCAACAGGAUAUCGGCCAAAAGACAUCAGCUCUUAUCGAGACCACCCAACCGCUGGCUGUACGCUGGAUGUUGGGAGUAAAAAUUACCGGUCAUGGAUUGAAGCCAAUGGAAGUUUCGCAAAUCCAUCAAGAGGGUCUACUCGACGAUUUCACCGACCACAAACCACACCUAGUUCGCGAUAUUUUCCCCUUCGCAUCGCCUGAGCAAGAGCGUGAACUAGAAGGGCGCCUUCGAGGCAAAGGGAAAAAGCCGGUGUACGAUUCGUCUUCUCCGUCUACUUCAUCAACUAAUAGCCAACAUGCUUUCGCGUGCAAAUGCGUGUCAUGCUUGCGACUGCUCUCCGACGAAGAG